AUGAGAGACUCAGACAUCCCUAAAAACACUACUAUAGCCAGCUUAUGGAGGAACGAUAGUUGGGUUCUCCCUGAUCCUAAAGAUGAGGCUAUUGAGGAAGCCUGGGAUUAUGUGAAGAACAAUUUUACUGUUAGAAGGGAGUAUGAGGAUAUGAUGAAGUGGAAAGUUAUUUAUCAGAAUAAAUUCUCCAUAGGCAGAACUCGGAAAAUGAUUAGGGAGCAAAAUAUGAAUCAAUCUUGGUUCAGAGUGGUGUGGGGAUACAAUUCCAUACCCAGAAACAAUUUUAUUAUGUGGUUAGCCAUUAAAAGGAGAUUGAAGACCAAGAAUAAGCUUAAGAAAUGGGGAGUGAUCCCUGAUGAUAUUUGUGUCAUGUGCAACAAGGAGGUGGAAACUAUAGACCAUUGUCUUUAUGAGUGUGACUUUGCAAAAGCAGUUUGGAACAGAUUGAAGCCUAUAUGCAGAAUUCAUCAAAUUAACUCAUAG